CUCACCUCGACUUCAAGACCUCAAGACACACGAUGCCGGAUCCCUCUACUUUCAAGAAGUUCGUCGAGGUUGGGCGUGUCGUCCUCCUCAACCAGGGCCCUUCUGCGGGUCACAUCGCCGUUAUCGUCGAGAUCAUUGACCAUAACCGGGCGAUGAUUGACGGUCCUUCCACUGGUGUACCCCGCCAACCGUAUCCUUAUCGCCAUCUUACGCUCACGCACUUUGUCGUCCCCGCUCUGCCGCGUGGUGCCGGGACGGGGGUCGUGCAGAAGAAGUUCGAGAAGAGCGGGAUUGCUGAGAAGUGGGCAGUAUCAUCCUGGGCUAAACGGCGCGAGGCGCUCCAGAAACGUCGGGCGUUGAACGACUUUCAGCGUUUCGAGAUCAUGGUGCUCAAGAAGCAGCGGAGGGACGCCGUUCGCAAGUCGCUCAAGAGUGCGAGCGCAUGAGCGGUAUCCGGACUGCGCUUCAUCUUGGGGCCUGGGGUGGUCUUAGAUGGUGGAUGUCGUGUGGGGAUUGGUGUUUGGAUUCGUGGGGAGUUGUUUACCCAAAACAUAUUGUUAGCAUGAUAUGUGCAAUAUGAACUGCAUGCCUACAUCAAUCUUUG